AUGGAGUCAUCAACGACUCCCAUCAGCUUAGUGACAAAAUCUCACCAAUGUCCCAUUUGCUUUAAAUCCUACAAGCGGCGCGAGCAUCUCCAACGGCAUCGCAAUUCCCAUUCCAGUGAUCGCCCUCAUCGAUGCCCGGCCUGUCCGAGUUCCUUCCAGCGCGCUGACGUGCUACGACGGCACCUUCGAACUUGCGAGCGUAUAUUCUCUGAUACUGCCUCUGGGGCAACGAAAAGACGUGCCUGUGAUCGCUGCGUGCGUCAAAAGAAGGCGUGUAACAAUGCCCGACCGUGCCAGAAUUGCUCUAAAAAGGGAGCUGAGUGCGAUUAUUCUACAUUAAAGCCUGAAACGCAAGUGGUUGAGGAUGCAUCUGCGGCAAUAGCCACUCUAGAUGGUACAUAUCUAUUAACCACACCAAUUGUUGAUCUCUGGACUCCUUGUAUCGAGGAUAACAAGCGCCCGAACAGCGCAGAAUUUGACACACUUGCCUGCCCGGAUCUCGACCUUCUCCAAUGUCCCGAUGAGACAUGGCAAGAUCUGUUUAAUAUUGGCGGGGAGAAUAAUGCUGCGACUAGUGCUGACCGACCCUAUUUCUUCCAUUUCCUCGAUACUUUCACUAGUCGGACCGGCUUCGUUUCGUCCUUUGAAUGCGGAAACCUGGAGCAGCGACUUGCAGUCCUACACAGCAUAGAGGAAAAGGACCGGCUCUCUGAUUACUUAUCGACCGAUAUAGUUCAUCGCUUCAGAAACCAAGAAUCCGACAAUUCGUACGGGAUCUCAUCGCAAUGGCUGAACGAUCCACUGGCGCUACAGACACACCAGAUUCUCCUGUUACUCAAGGAGGUUGUCAUCAUUAAGCCACGCAAUAGCUGUGUGACCAUCUCUUGGUCUCGUGACGUUGAGCGACGAUGUCUACAGUUCUUCUCUCCAUCGAGCCUUCGAAAGUAUAUUGAGCUCUACUGGUCGAUCUGGUCCCCAAACGUAAACUUCCUCCAUCGACCAAGCUUCAGUGCGGCAAACUCGAAGCCGAUUCUGCUGGCGUCCAUGGCCAUUAUAGGAGCAUGCGUUUCGCCAAACCAAGAAGAUACCGACAACGCGCGAAUGUGGUUCAAUUGUGUUGAAGAGGCUGCAUAUGCCGAUGAUGACUUCAACCGCGAUCCAAUCGUGCCGUUUCACCCUGCUCGGGAUAGACAGAAAACCCAAGCACUCCAGGCUGCCUACAUGGUCUGCUUGUAUCAAAAUUGGGAAGGGACUGAUGCAGGUAAGAAGCGCAUUCGUCGGCAUCGCUUUAGUACUGUACUCUCGAUUGUCCGGGAUCUUGAUAUUAUGGCUGCGCGACAUAUUGACUACAACUCGAAACACCGGAACGAGUUUGACUGGAAUGAAUUUGUUUCCAGAGAAGAGCUAAUCAGAACUUUCAUCUGGGUAUUUCUGAUGGAUACAGCUUUUGUCACAUUCAAUAACUUGCCGCCAAGGAUGGUGGUUAAAGAAAUGAAGAUGCAUGUCGCGGCUCCUGAGUCUUGUUUUCAAGCUUCUACGGCCGAUCAGUGUUACGAUGCGAUACGUACUUGGAUGCCUUCCACGAGUAUUUGUUGGAAAUUUUCCUUUCGCGCGUUGUUUGAGACUCUGUGCAUGGAUAACCUGACUACGGAGAUGCAACAAGCCGUGGCCGCCCUAGGUCCAUUGAAUCUAUUUACGAUCAUUUCUGGCAUUCAUUCCUUGGUAUUCCAAUAUCAGAGCUUCUUUAGCGCGGGUCAUCUUCUCCUGCGCACCCACAAUGCGCUGCGAAACUUCAAGGACAUUUGGCACAUCCACGAGAAUAUAGUAACCGGACGGUUGCCACAUACGACGAUUGAUGAAAGUAACCUAAAUGCAGAAAAUAUGUGGCAGCGAGUGGGAUUUUGUCGCCAUGCUGGGGAUUUCUGGCUCCUAGCCAGUGUCAAAGUCGACCGAUUGUCAGCAGCAGAAACAGAGCAGCACCAUACAGCCAGAGGGGAAACUAUUCUCGAAGACAGUGAGCAGAGUGACCCCAUUUUAUCUAAAUAUGAUCAAACAAGCAUGCGCCAAGUCAAUGAACUCAUUUCAGAGUUCCAAAGAGUCCACCUUGGUGACAUUGCCACCGCUGGGGACUGA